AUGUCCGCAGCGCGCUUCGAGCCAAUGGAGGUCGAGGACGGCGAGAGCUGCACCGUGUGCAUGAGCCGCCCUCGCACCGUUCGGAACCAGCCAUGCGGCUACGCGACGCUCUGCGAGCUGUGCACCAUCAAGAUGAUCAAGUCGCGAACAAUUGACUGCCCGCUGUCGCGGACGUUUGCGACGCUGCUCGAGUUUCUGCAGGCAGUGCAGGACAGCGACUCGGAGGGUGGGCACGCGCUUGUACCCAACGGCGUGAUUGCACUCGAGGGCGGCGCCUUCUACGAGUGCUCCACCCUUACGAGCAUCACGCUGCCGGACAGCCUCACCGCGAUCGGCGACGAAGCCUUCAACGGCUGCGACUACCUCACCGCCGUCACGCUGCCGGACAGCCUCGCCUCGAUCAGCGAGAGGGCCUUCGGCGGCUGCUCCGCCCUCACCAGCCUCACGCUGCCGGACAGCCUCACCUCGAUCGGCGUCGCCGCCUUCAACGGCUGCGCCUUCUUCCGCUGCUCCGCCCUCACCGCCGUCACGCUGCCCGACGGCCUCACCACGAUCGGCAACGAAGCCUUCCGCGACUGCCCCCUCGAUGCCGAGUCGGCCGCGGCAUUGCGGGCCAGUAACCCUCGCGCGGUGUGA